AUGUCACAUGAAAUAGGCUCGGUUAAUAGGGUUUCACUGUCACUAAUAACCUAAUCAACUACGAUUCAUUGUAUUGGUGGCCAGUCAACACAAAGCAUUAAGUAAUUUCAUGCAAUAGAGAUUGGAAGAAAAGAAUCAUGAAUCAAGCCAUCAAAUCAAGAACUAGCUACAUCCUAUGGUGUUUCCCCCAGAAAUUGGGGUUUAGUUCAUGACGAAAUUAAAACACAUAAUCAGGUUCAUAAUUAUCAUGUCACGAAUCGAAACAAAAAGAAAAGAAUACUGAAUUUGUCGAACGAUCCAGCUCCAAUUCCUUUUUGUUCCGGUCACUGUGCUGCUUCUCCGCUCGAUAGCUCGCUGCGUUGCUAGUCGCCCUCGUUCUGCGCGCUGCCUUUUUCCCCCUGGAGAAUUUGGUUCCAAUUAAUUCCACUCCCCAGCAAUUUUUUCCCCUCCUCCUGAAAUCUCCCCGCCGUAUAUUGCUUUGGCCCCCCUCUGCUUUCAAUUCUCCGGUCCAAGUUAAUUGCCCAGCUCCCGUCCAAGAAUUCUCCAUGGCCCAUUAAUUCUGCCUUCCGCCAGCCCAAACCUCUUCUCCGUGUGCAAUUAAAAAUGGCCCCCUUGAAAAUAUAGUCCAGCCCAAAUUAUUGCUUCCUUUUCGAGGCUGUUGGGCCUUGAGCCCAAGUGAGAAGUCCAGCAGUAAUUCGAGCCCGAUUUAUCGCUUAUGUACUCGCUUCUUUUUUUGUGCUUUCUCCACCUGUAAUAUAUCAAACUCAUGGCACUAGGCAGUAAUGGUUUUUCAACCAUUCUCGGGUUAGCGAGUCCUAAAAUAGCACCAAUUGGCUAAAACAUACCACGGAUAAUCACAUAAAGUCCAAGAAUCCGAUAUAUUAAAGCCGAAUAUCAACAAACCAAAUUAAUUUUUUAUUUAAUGAAGCAUCCAAUCAGAGCAUGCCGUGUGGCAGAUUUUCUCUUGGUCAAAUGUAGCCAGUACUACAUUAUUUUCCAUAGUCUUUGCUACAUACUAUGAAGAUGAUUCUGAAGAUUUCCACAACGCCAUGAUGUAUCGAGACUUAAGGCAAUUGAUGAUCUCACCUCCCACUGCAUAUUUGGUUUGGGGGUAAAUUGCAAGGUUGGUCUGCUAAAAAAUUCAUAUUUGGUUACUAAAAGUAUUUUAUUCCAUUCAUGGUUACUGAAAAUGGUUAAAAUUUCACGUUUGGUCACUCUUUGUUAGUAUUCGUCAGCCUCCGUUAACACCGUCAGUUGUUGCUGACGUGGCUAACAGAAACGCCGAUUCACCAAAUUUUAACCGGCCACAUCAUAAAAUCCGACCCGCCGUGUCAUAUAACCCGUCACAUAAGACCCAAUACAUAAACCAACCUAAUUCAAUCCCCACCCGACCCAAGCCUCUCUUAUUUUUCCUUGUUUCUCCUUCCUCUAUGAACUGCUGCCUCUAUUCCCACUUUGAUUAUUUGGGAUUUCUGAUUGAAGGAAGGACAAGACAGUGGAGAGCGCCAACGACGAGUUGCGAGAGGACGACAACUUUCGAUCUCCCUCCUUCCAGCUUUAUAUCUCUCUCAUCGACGGUGCUCCUCUGCUCUCACUGUGUCCUUCUGUCUCUCUAUUGAGGUCGAUCCAUCACCGACUUUCCAUUCGGAGAAAAAGAUCGAAUUAAAACUUCGCCUUGUCGCUCCACGAAUCGCUGGAGAUGAGAAGGUGAGACGACGAUUAGGGAAGACCUCAAAUUGGGAAAACAGAUGGUCGGAGGAUUAGAGGGCGUCGUUGUGUUCAGAGGAUUAGAAGAUUUGGGGGGAGAGCCGCCAUUGAGCUUUGUGGGGGAGUCGACAAGAGGGAUUGGAAGGGAGAGAAGGGAUUGGAAGAGACUGCUGGAGGUCACAGAGGAGGAGGAGAGCAGCGCCAAGGCCGUGAUGGUGGCAUGCGGGGAUGGUAGGCAGCGGCGACAGUGGUGGGAAGGUGGGUGGGGUCUGGUAGGUUCGAGUAGGGUUGUGUUAGGGGUUGAAUAGGGUUAAGUUAUGCAGAGGGUCUGACGUGGCGGGUUAAAAUUUGGUGAAUCAGUGUGUUUCUGUUAGUAAUUAAAUACUUCAUAGACG